AAAAUUGUGUCACAGAAUUUUUUAUAUAUAUAUAUUUUUUUGCGGUGUGGGACACGAAAGUCUAUUUUAGGUUGACAACAUAUAAAAGUCUUCCUGAUAGUCACUGGUCAUCAUCUCGACCGGUAUUCCUUCAGACUUCUCUACCAUCCCUUUGAUCAACCUUUCCUAGCUGAAAGAAACUUUUUUGAACCUUGACCUCAUAUAGCAGGCUUUGUCUUAUGAGAUGGCCAUCCCACACUGUCAUAGCUUCACUCUCUUGCCAUCAACUCCGCUCAUUUCUUCGAGCAUGUGCUCGGCGAUCCUCUCUCGACGUCGGCAAGAAGUUCCAUGCCGUCCUAAUCACCUCCGGUCUCGCCGCUUCACGGGAUACUUUCCUCUGCAAUGCCCUCCUACAUUUUUACGCGCUAUGUGGCAGCCCUCCGUGUGCAUACAAAGUGUUCGAUGAAAUUCCCAACUCGCACAAAGAUACUGUGGAUUGGACCACCCUCAUGAGCUGCUGUGCUCGACAUCGUAUGCCAGCAAAUGGGCUCCAUUUAUUUAUUGAAAUGAGAAGAGAAGGUGUGAUUGUCGACGAUGUGGCCUUGAUUUGCGUGUUCAAUUCGUGUGCUCGGUUGAGCAAUGUUGAUGUGGGUCUGCAAGGGCAUGGAAUUUCGAAGAAAAUGGGUUGCGGUUCUAAUAUUAAGGUCUGCAAUGCUGUUAUGGAUAUGUAUGUGAAAUGUGGGCUAUUGGGUGAGGCGAAACGGGUGUUCGAAGAGAUGGAGGAACGAAGUAUUGUGUCUUGGACUGUAAUUUUGGAUGGUACGGUUAAUUUGGAAAGUAUUGGAAGUGGGAGAGUGUUGUUUGAUAGUAUGCCUGAGAGAAAUGAGGUUGCUUGGACUAUUAUGGUUGUUGGAUAUAUAGGGAAUGGGUUUACACACGAAGGUUUUUCACUUCUUCGUGAAAUGGUUUUUGGCUGUGGUUUUAUGCUAAACUAUGUGACACUUUGUUCACUGUUGUCAGCAUGUGCACGGUCCGGGGAUGUUAUGAUGGGCAGAUGGGUUCAUGCUUAUGCUCUUAAGACAAUGGGGAAGGAGAUGGAUAUCAUGGUGGACACAGCUUUGGUUGACAUGUAUGCCAAAUGUGGGAGGAUGAACACUGCAUUUAAAGUUUUUGAACAUAUGCCGCUGAGGAAUGUGGUGGCAUGGAACGCUUUGGUUAGUGGCCUUGCCGUUCACGGAAUGGGAAAACUUAUAUUAGAUAUAUUUCCUCAGAUGGUGAAAGAAGCUGAGCCAGAUGAUCUGACCUUUACUUCUUUGUUGAGUGCUUGCAGCCACUCCGGACUUGUUGAAGAGGGUUUCCAUUACUUCCAUAAUCUUGAAUUAUUGUAUGGCAUAACGCCUAAAAUAGAACAUUAUGCUUGCAUGGUGGAUCUCUUGGGUAGGGCUGGCCGUUUAGAAGAAGCUUGGGUUCUAAUAAAGAAAAUGCCAAUGCCUCCUAAUGAGGUUGUUCUAGGAUCCCUUUUGGGUUCCUGCUGUGUUCAUGGAAAGCUAGAUCUGGGUGAAUAUGUACUGCAUGAGCUACUACGGCUGGAUCCUUACAGUACUGAAUGUCAUGUCUUGCUUUCUAACAUGUAUGCAUUGGAGGGAAAGAAGGAGAAAGCUAGAUCCCUUCGGCAUGCUCUUAAGAAAAGAGGUAUCAGAAAGGUUCCUGGAAUGAGUUCAAUUUAUGUUGAUGGCCAAGUUUAUCAAUUCAGUGCAGGAGAUAAAUCACACCCGGAGACCACAAAGAUUUACAUGAUGCUGGGUGAGAUGAUCCAGAGAUUGAGAUUAGCUGGUUAUGUUCCAAAAACCGAUUCUCAAGUUUUCUCUGGCUGUGAUAGUAGGGAGAAUAAUGCAGAUGACUUUGAGGAGAUAGAGCAGGCAUUAUUCACCCACAGUGAGAAGUUGGCAGUCUGUUUUGGACUUAUUAGAACAAGAGCUGGUUCACCUCUAUAUAUUUUUAAGAAUUUACGCAUAUGUCUGGAUUGUCAUUCUGCUAUGAAGAUAGUUUCUAGGAUAUAUAAUCGAGAAAUUGUUAUCAGAGAUCGAAAUCGCUUCCAUUGUUUCAAGCAAGGUUCUUGUUCUUGUUCAGAUUAUUGGUAACGACUGCCAAGUCCUGUAUCUGGUGCUGAUAGCUGUAUAGAAAUAGAUCAAAUUUUUAUAUCCAAUUCCUGAUUAUUAUUAACAA